AUUACCAGAAGCAAUAUGCGUGUCUCGUCGCUGUUCGUUGUGUGUGUGGCCUCCCUGGUGGCCACCACCUUGGGUCGUCCUGAGCCCCCAUCCCCGUACGCCUACCACGGAUUACCUCAGCAGCAGAGCCAGCGGGCUUUGCCACUCAAUGCUCACCCCGUGCCCCCGCAGAUCUACCAGCCCCUGCCCCAGGAGCAGUCGUUCGCCAACUUCGCAGCGCCCCAGCAGACCUACUUGCCACCCCAAAUGCAACUGAAUGCCAUCGAGCAAGUGGCUCCCACUGCCGCCGCCGCUGAGCCCCUGAAUGCCUACGAUGACAGCUACAACAUGGCCCACCGUCUGUCUGGAGUGCAGCAUGCCAGUGGCUACAACAGCGCGCCCCAGGAGACCAAGGUGCACAAGCACAUCUACGUCCAUGUGCCGCCCAAGGACUUCGAGGAGGAGGAUGCCAUCCAGACCCGCGUCCACCACCAGCAGGGACCCAAGCAGAAGCACUACAAGAUCGUGUUCAUCAAGGCGCCAUCUGCUCCGGCCAUCCGUCAGCCAGUGGUGCCACCACCACCCCAGAACGAGGAGAAGACCCUGAUCUAUGUGCUGCACAAGAAGCCCGAGCAGGAGCAGGACAUCGUGAUCCCGACGCCACCACCCACCAAGCCAUCGAAGCCAGAGGUUUACUUCAUCAAGUACAAGACCAAGAAGGAGGAGGCCCCCGUCUACGGACCCCCACCUGCAGAGAUGGAACCCCGUCAGGCCACCGCCGAGGAUUUCGCUCCAUUGGCCGAGGUCGCCGAUGUCCUGCCACCCACCACCUUGGCUCCCGCUCCCGAGCCGGAAGUCGAGCAGCCAGCCAUUCCCUCUGCGGUCUACGGACCACCCACUGCCGCUGCCUACACCGGUGAGGAGGUCCAGACCACCUUGUCCGCUCCUGCCAACCAGUACCUGCCCCCUGCCACCGCCCCCGCCGCCCUGGCCAUCGAGGAGCCUUCGAUGGCGCCCAUCGUGGUGGAGGAGCAGCCCGAGCAGCGACUGGCUCCCUCCCAUGUGCCUGCCACCAGCUACGGUCCUCCUAACCGCUACUUCCUGAAGAAGCUGAAGUGA